AUGCCUCGUGGUCAUAAGAGUAAGCUCCGCGCCCGCGAGAAACGUCGCCAGGCCCAAGGUGACACCCAUAGUGUCAAGGGUGCUCAGGCCACUGCAGCAGAGGAGGAAGGGUCCCCCUCCUCUUCCUCUCCUAUUGAGGGGCCUCCCCAGAGCUCCCCUGCUGCUCGCACUCCCCAGGGGUCUCAGAAAGCCCCAGCCACCACCACUGCUGCACCAGGUGCUUUGGGCAGAAGAGCUCCUAGAGGGGCCAAGGGCCAAGGUGAGGGAGGUCCAAGUUCCUCUUCAGCGCGAGCCCCGAAUGAGAGGUCACAAAGGGACCCUCUAACCGGGAGGGUGAUCAUGUUAUCACAGUUUCUGCUGUCAAAGUAUGAAAUGCAAGAGCGCAUUACAAAGGGAAAAAUGAUCAAGAUCAUCAACAAAAGGUACAAGGAGCACUUCCCUGAGAUCCUGAGGAGAGCCUCUGAGUACAUAGAGCUGGCCUUUGGCCUUGACGUGAAGGAAGUCGAUUCCAAAGGUCAGUCCUAUGCCCUUGUCAGCAAGUUGGAGAUCACCGAGGAAGAGAAUCUGAGUGGUGGCAGAGGGUUUCCCAAGACCGGGCUUCUGAUGCCUCUCCUGGCCAUGAUCUCCAUGAAUGGCAACCGGGCCACCGAGGAGGAGAUGUGGGAAUUCCUGAAUAUGUUUGGGAUGUAUGAUGGGAAGAGGCACUUCAUCUUUGGGGAGCCCCGGAAGCUCAUCAUGAAAGAUUUGGUGCAGGCAAAGUACCUGGAGUACCGGCAGGUGCCCAACAGUGAUCCGCCAUGCUACGAAUUCCUGUGGGGUCCCAGAGCCCAAGCUGAAGCCAGCAAGACAAAAGUCCUGGAGUUUUCGGCCAAGCUCAAGGAUACCAACUCCAGUGCCUUUCAAGCCCUGUUUCAAGAAACUUGGGGAGAUGAGGAAGAGACAGCCGCAGGCAGAGAAAGGGCCAGGGCUAGUGUCAGGGCAAGUCCAGCCAGUCCUCCCAUCCCUGGUGAAGUCUGA